CAAAGGAAAAAGAAACACCUUAUCUUAUCUCUACUCCAUGCAAAUGUUUUUUCAAAGCUCCGCAUGACUCCGUCAAAGGAAAGAGAAGAAGGGAAGAAGCAUUUUUCCAAGAGGGAGGUGCUAUGAAGUCCGAACCGUGUCAGAGUUACAGUAACUUCGAAAGACUGACAGAAGACAGUGACUAAUGCACACAGAUGGGACACGGGGAGAAAGACACGAACAGAGACGUCAGUGGAUGAAUAUCACCCUGAAGCAGGAUAACACAUCUUCCAGGCUGCCGAAAAGAGGCCCAGAUGCUCCAUGAUGGAUCAGGAACUUCCCAGCCAGAGCUCCUCUUUGGACCUGCUCAAACCAGACAGCGAGGAGCUCCAGCUCAGAGUGGACUUCUUUAGGAAACUGGGUUACUCCUCAGCGGAGGUGAAGGCUGCUCUGGGGAAGCUUGGCCUAAGCACAGACACUAACUCCGUGCUGGGAGAGCUGGUCCGGAGCAGGACCAAUGCUGCACCCUGCGUGUCCAGUUCUGACAGUGAUGAGAGGAGCACAGCCCAGAAGGACCCUCUGCUGCCCCUCAGUUGGGCCCCUGGACCCUGCAGAAUCACUCCACAACUUGGGGACCAGAAGAAUGCAGAGACAGAAUUGAGGCCUAUUGUUAUUGAUGGCAGCAAUGUUGCCAUAAGUCAUGGCAACAAGGAAGUGUUCUCAUGUCGAGGCAUCCAGCUGGCAGUGAAUUUCUUCCUAGACAGAGGUCAUACUACCAUUACUGUGUUUGUUCCCACCUGGCGCAAAGAGCAGCCCCGACCCGAUGCUCCUAUAACAGAUCAGCAUAUCCUGAUGGAACUUGAAAAACGGAAAAUAGUGGUCUUCACUCCAUCGCGCCGGGUUGGUGGCAAGCGAGUGGUUUGCUAUGAUGACCGCUUUAUUGUCAAGUUGGCGUAUGAGUCAGAUGGAGUAAUAGUAUCUAAUGACACCUACCGUGACCUCCAAGGAGAAAGACCUGAGUGGAAGAAAUGCAUUGAGGAGAGGCUCCUCAUGUAUUCCUUUGUGAACGACAAGUUCAUGCCCCCAGAUGACCCUCUGGGCCGCCAUGGCCCCAGCCUUGACAACUUCCUUCGGAAAAAACCUCUGCCGGUGGAGCAAAAGAAACAGCUCUGUCCUUAUGACAAAAAGUGCACUUACGGCAACAAAUGUAAAUUCUACCAUCCAGAGCGGACAAACCAGUCCUACCAGUCCUUGGCUGAUGAACUGAGGGAGAAAGCACAGAUUUCUACCGUAAAAGAAGAGAGAAAUGUCAAAUUAUCACCGAGACAUCUUCAAUCUGAUCCCGGGCCUGCUUACAGUUCCCGUUUCCAUCCUCAAGACUCUCAAACAGAGUACAUAAGAGACCAGCAAAGUUCUUCACAUCCUGGUCAGGUUAGUGAGAAUACACUGCUGUACUGGGAGGAUCCAAGAUCCAGAAGUCCAAAUCAUGUGCCCUGCUCUGUAACAGCAAACCAAUGUCAGAAAGAUUGGCCUGGUCCACACUCAAUGACGAAUCAUUACUAUGCCAGCAUGGCUCACGAGUACCUGGAUUCUGGUCUCGGCUCUUAUGAGAGCCAGUACUCUGAUUUUUCACAUUGCCUCAGCAAUUCUCACAGGGUCAGGUCCGAGCAGCAAAGUGCCCUCACUGGACCCAGACAUGCCUCAGUGCACUUAGAGAAAAAUAACAUGAGCCAGUCCUGCAGUUGCUGUUCCCAUGUACUGCCCUCAACCAUUCGUCAGCAACAUCCUAGAAGCCUGGACUCCAGUGGUCACCCAAAAUAUGACACCUACCCUCCUCAUCUGUUCCCACUUGGUGGGCCUCACCAACACAGCCUCCCCAGCCAUCUCAGAUACAGUGGAGCCUCACAUCAUCAACAGAAUUACUGGUCAGAUCCCUUUCAGGGGCUACCCCAAGCCAGGACAUCACAUAGUCUUCCCUCUUCACACUCCCACAACUCUUGCUGCUCUUACGAAGGCCGUCAGUACAAUUCCUGGGGCCAGCAACAGUCUGCUGCAUUUGAUCCACAAAGGUUGGAAGUCCGCAAGAAACUGCAAGCCAUCUUCAACCCGUCUCAGGUGGAUAUCGUCAUGGAAAUGUUUCCUCAUGUGAUGGAUGCAGAGAAGCUGGCAGCAGAGAUCCUCAAGCAGAAGGCUGAGAGAGGGAUAUUCUGAAGAUUUCAGUCAGACCUAACUCAAUACUGGUGUUGUCAGAGCAAACAGAAUCUCUUGAAAGGCUUUGAGUGAUUAGAAAGUUAAUUGCAAAGAUGUUUCAUUCUGUCUAAUGUGCCAUUGUAGAAGUGCAAUUUGCCUGCUUAUUUAUAAACAGUUUAGAGAACCUGUUCCGACAUAUAUGCAGUUAAGAUUAUCCUAAAAUAAGAUAAUCCUUAUUUUAGGAUUUAUUGUUUCAUCAGUUGUAUGAAAUUGUAGUCAAACGUGACCUUGUCAUCCAUGUUUGGGAUGAAAAGUGCCACUAGACCAAAUAGAUAUAACUGUUUAGACUGUUGAUGCAUAUUGUGUCAAAUGUGAUAUCUUUUAAUCUCAGAAGUUCUCAUGUAAUUACAAAUUGCUGUAUAAAAGUAUUAUUAUUAUUUUUCUUUUUUUCACUGUAAUUCUCCAGAACAGCUUGAUGUUCAAUAUUAUCGCUGUGGGGUGCAGGAGCUACGGUAUUCUUCAACAUACAGGAUUUACAGUAAAUCCUAAUUGAACAAGGAAACUGCAAAAGAGAAUUUGCUACACAUGAGAGGAAUUUGCUGGUGUGUCAACACUCUUUUCCUGUACGUCAGCAUCAGUUUCAUGAAACAUUCUCAGAAUGUCAGAAACAUUCUCUGCUGUAACACAACACAUGUAUUUAGGUCACUGUGCUAUUAUAAAAUGACAAUAAAAAUGUGGAAUUUAGUUCUCAUGAAUAUUCAGAUUUAUAUUCUCUUAGAAAAUAAAUUUUGUUAUAAUCCAAGAUAAAUUCAUACUGAGCAUGUGUAGGAAACAUCAUGUCACAAAAAAAUAAAAAAAGUCAAGUUGGA